AUGCCGCUUCCCCUGCUCGCAGAGGGCUUUAACCGUGGGUUAUACAACAGUCCCUAUGUGUGGACCGUAGGAAAGGCCGCAGCGGUCAUAGGGGUUGUGGCCCUGCUCAAAAUAUACUUUGAGGGAGCGAAAUGUCGUUCCGAACGAGUGAUGCACGGGAAGGUGGUGAUGGUGACAGGAGGGACAUCAGGCAUUGGCGCCGCAGUUGUGCAGGAGCUGGCCUCGAGAGGAGCACAGAUCAUUAUCCUCACCCAUCAUGCACCGUCCGAUCCGUUCCUGGUCGAUUACAUUGAAGACCUGCGGACGCUGACCAACAACGAGUUGAUAUACGCCGAGCAGGUCGACCUAUCCUCCCUACAUUCGAUACGACUGUUUGCCACCAAAUGGGUGGAUAACGCGCCUCCUAGAAGAUUGGACAUGGUCAUCCUUUGUGCCAGUGUGAUGACACCUUAUUUCGGGACAAGCCAGACCACGGUGGAUGGACUGGAAGCGGAAUGGGAAAUCAAUUAUCUCAGCAACUUCCAUUUGUUGAGCAUCUUGUCUCCAGCCAUCCGAGCACAACCAGCCGAUCGGGACGUCAGAAUACUGUUCAGUACAUGCAGUAGUUAUAUUGGAGGAGAGUUGGACUUGAAUACCACAACCGCUCCCACAAAGUCUGGAAGCGCGUCAUUCGCUAGGAGCAAGUUGGCGGUCAUGACCUUUGCGCAUGCAUUUCAAAAACACCUUGAUGCGUACAAGCGCCCGGACAAGCAACCGAACAAUGCCCGAGCUUUUAUCAUUGACCCGGGCUAUUGUCGAACUCCGGGCAUGCGACGCUGGCUGUCAGGAGGCCUGAUAUGGGGUCUAUUUCUCUAUCUCCUUACAUGGCCAGUUUGGUGGCUGAUCCUCAAAUCUCCCGUGCAAGGGGCGCAGAGUUACCUCUUUGGAGCAAUGGAUGCUGAGUACGCACAGGGCGUUGGCGGCAAAAUCAUCAAAGAGUGUCGAGAGUAUCAAUCUUUACGCCCAGAGGUGCAGGAUGAAGAAGUGGCGAAGACACUCUGGGAGUUCAGUGAGAAGCAGAUCGAGCAGCUCGAGAAGCAAGGUGCGGUCAGGAGGGCUCUUGCGAAAAAGGAGGCAGAACGCCAGACUUCCAAAGAAAAUUCCACAAAAGAACCCGCGAAUGCUCAGGCCUCUGGAGGGGAGAAAAAGCCAACUUCUGGAUCCAGGAAAAGUCGAAAAGCGAAAUGA